AUGCGCAAUUGAGCAAGGACAGUUUAGAGGAUGUACUUUCAUCCCCUGUUUCUUGUAUUUCGCGAUUUCUCAGUGCCAUGUCUAUUCGUAUCAUUUUCUGAGAAAACGUAGUGUAAAAGACGAGGAUCGGUGGCUAUGCCACCUGCUGGAGCUUAAUGUACAUUAUCUGAAAUCAAUAUCGCUAUCCUUAUCUUUCGUCUUAUGAACAACGUCAUUCUAGUAGUUUGCACUAGAGAAAUACGAGCGCGGUAGAAACUGUACUCGGGGGAUUGUGUUAAGAGUGGUUAAACCUUCGGUGUUUAUAGUGAGAAAAAUAAUGAAUGCCGAUUUAUCAUUAUUAUUAAAUUUUUAUCAAAUAAAAAUAUAGUUACUACGAAUUUAUUCCAUUCAGAUACUGUUAAUAAAAUAAUUUAAUAACUAAAUGUGAAAAAAAUAUCGUGUGUACAAAAUACAAUUUGUGACACGAUUGCCAAAAUUGCAAAGUUGAGCAUAAAAAGGUUAAUAUAUUGGUAUAAUCUAUCUGUUCAAUAUUAUAUAGGAAACGAUGCAACACUAAUACCUUUUGGUUCAUGUAUUAGGGAUGUAUUAAUGUUCAUCAAUUUUAUUGUUUAGAAGUGUGACAACGAAUAUUAAAUAAAAUCUAUAAACGUAUAUGUAUAUGUUAAUGCUUUUAUAUCCUGAUGUUGUAAAGUUUUUUAAAGUAAAAAAUAUAUAAAUGUUUUAAAAAUAUAUAAAUAAAGUAAAAGAUAUAUAAAUGUUUAACUAUAUUUCAUUUGUGAUACAAGAUCAGACGUUCAGUAUUUGAACAUAACUCAUUGGAAAAUGCUGUUGUAAACAGUCAUAUAAUAUUGAAGAUCUUGCUACAGUUAAAUUGCUGUAUCAUGGUGCUUUGUUAGUGUGCAUAUCACGCCUGUGUAAGAUCCUUGGGACGCCAUAAAUAAUAUAUCGCGCCAAUACAUUGCUUGUAUAAAAAUAACUUAUCAUCUGAGUUUAUCAAAGGAAGCUUCAUGAGCUGCUGUCCAUUCAUAAACAUAAUGAAGAAAGGAAGAAACACAUCUUGGUAGAUCGUAGCCGCGGGCACCCGCAUAAUAUACCUAUCAUUUCGUCCCUGGUAGUGGUGCCGGCUGUGGAUGCAGGCGAGAACGUGCGCAGCUGUAAAACGUGAGUCGCUGCGCUCCGCAGCUGAUGCGGUUCGUUGUUGUCCGUGUCUGUAUUUGUUUGGAAAAAUGCGACAGAAGAGCAACGAAUUUCGACAGUGUUUUUGCUAUCAUCUCAAGGGGGUAGGCACGACACGGCUAGGGGAGAGGAUGGUUAGUAUGAGCUCUAUGCUCGUGGAAACUGUUAGCAUAAACUAUGAAGAUUUUAAUGAAAGUUUUUUAACAUGUGGUACAUGUCUUUGUGUUUAUGAUGGUGGAGAACAUACCCCAAAAUUAUUACCAUGUUCACAUACUGUAUGUUUACAUUGUUUAACAAGAAUUGCUGCAUCUCAAACUCGUGAGACUGGUGCUUUUCGAUGUCCUAUUUGUAGAGAAUUAAUAACAAUUCCUCGUGGUGGAGUUCCUGCUUUACCACCUAGUUUUCUUGUAAAUCAAUUGCUUGAUCUUAUGUCUAGACAAAGAAGAGAGGUUAUUCCAAAAUGUUCAGUUCAUAUAAAUCAAGAAUUAUUAUUUUGUGAAACAUGUGAUACAGUGUUUUGUACAGUAUGUACAGGUGGUAAUCAUGCAGGAACAUCACCAGGAUGUACUGAGCAUACUAUCAUACCUUUUAGCAUUGCAAUAAAAAGAAUGUCUGAAAUCUUGCUUUAUAAAGCUAAUGAAUGUAUAUCUAAGUUAACACAAGCCCAGGAUUCUGUAAGUACAGAAUUACAACGUUUGGAAGCUUCAACAGAAAAAUGUUUGAAUGCUGUAGAUACUGAAUUUGCAGAAAUUAUUUCAAAAAUAGAAAGAAGACGUUCAGAAUUACAAGCAGCUGUUACUGCUGCUGCAAGAGAUAAGAAACAUGUGUUAGAAGAACAACAUGCUCUAAUAGAAGCUGAAAAAAAUAAAGUACAAGGAGAAUGUGAAGGAUUACAAUAUCAGGUUGAAGUUCGAAAUAUUACACAAAGAAUUGGUAGUUUAUCUGAUCAACUUGAUGCGGCAUCAGCACUUAGUGAACCUAAAGAAAAUGCUUUUAUUACUUUUGAAUUUAAUCACAAUAAUGCUCUUUCUCAACUAGAGGAAGCUCUUAAUAACUUGGGAAGAGUACGUUCUAGUACAACAUUGCCAGGUUUAUGCAGAGCCCGGUUAAAAGAUCCUGCCAUAGUUAAAUUACAAGCAGCUGUUAUAGUAGAAACUGUUGAUUACCAUGGACAUCCUAGAAAUGUUGGAGGAGAUCUUAUCACUGCAGAAUUAACUUUAGCAGAUAGUAUUCAUUCAGAAAACCAAAGUUCCAGUAUUGAAACUGAAAUAUUAGAUUUAGAAAAUGGUACAUAUGAAGUACUAUUUCGACCUCCAUCUGCAAGUCGUUAUAUUUUAAAGUUAUCAGUUUUUGAACGGCCUAUUAAAGAUUAUCCUUUAUUUUUUGAUGCAACUGAACAUAAUGAACCUAUUAAGAUAUAUGGAAGACGAGGAAACGGAAAAGAUGAAUUUCAUCAACCAGUAGCAGUUGCUGUUGAUGAUGAUGGCAUGAUAUAUAUUUUAGAUACUGGGAACUCACGAAUAAAAGUACUCAAUUAUGAUUUAGAAUUUCAAAGGCAUAUAACUAAUGAAGGUCUAGAAGGACGUAGUUGUACAGGAAUUGGUAUUUCUCAACAAGGUAUUGUUGUUGUUAAUUGGAGGACACGUAAAAUAACUGAAAUGAGUUCUUUAGGAGAUACUAUUAAAUCUUUUUCCCAUAAUGCAUUUCAAGAACCAAUUGAUGUUGCAGUUGACAGGAGUUAUGGCCAUAUACUUGUUGCAGAUAAUGGUCAAAGUUGUGUUUUUGUAUUUGAUUCCGAUGGCAAAAUUCUCUUUCAGGUUGGAAAAAGAAGCACAUUUAAAUUAAUUACGUCUGUGACUGUUGGACCCAAUGGCGAAAUAAUAGUGGCUGAUAGUCGUAUACAAGUAUUUUCUGCUAAAGGAGAUUUUUCUGAAGAAAUUUAUUCAGAAGGCAAAGGAAAAGGUACUUAUGGAGGCCUUGCUGUUGAUGCAGAAGGCAGAAUACUUGGUACUCGUACCGAUAAAGGUCGCAGUAUAAUCCAAGUUUUAAAGUUAGGAGGAGGUAAUAUUUUAACUGAAAUUGAUUCACAUAGUUCAAAACUACGACGUCCUUCAGGUAUUGCAGUAUUACCUGAUAAUCAUUUAGUAGUUGUAGACUUGGGAAACGAUUGUAUAAAAAAAUAUAGAUAUUGGUAAAAACAA